AUGUCCCAACAAGCUUCUUCCCAUUUUGCUCUCACACCCGAUCAAAUUAAUUCUUUCAAUCAAAACGGUUUUUUGAUCAUUGAAAAUUUUAUUCCUUCCGAAACGAACACUCAACUCCGAGAGAGGAUCAAGUAUGUGGUUGAACAUGAAUUUCAUCCCAACAAAAACCACGCCGUCUUUUCAACUUACAAGCAAGACGCUAAACGAGAUUUAGAAAAGUAUUUUGAAGAUUCGGUUGAUAACAUUUCCUUCUUUCUGGAAAAGAACGCCAAUAUUGAUCCCGAGACUGGAGAAUUAAAACAAGAUAAAUUCUCAUGCAUUAACAAAAUCGGACAUGCCAUUCACGAGAAAGAUGAAGUAUUUAGACAAUUUUCUCAUCAACCAAAACUUUAUGAAAUUGUAAAAACAUUAUCACACUUUGAAAGACCUAUUAUUUUACAAAGUAUGGUGAUUUUCAAACAACCAUUCAUUGGAGGAGAAGUCAUUGCUCAUCACGAUGCAACUUUUCUUUACAAUGAAAUAGAACAAGAUCAAACAGAAAACCCAGUCAUUGGUUGUUGGUUUGCUUUAGAAGAUGCUACUCGUGACAAUGGUUGCUUGUGGGUACUUCCAGGGUCUCACAAAUGGGGUUGUAUCAAAAGAUGGGUACGAGUACCUUCCGAGGCAGAUCCAAACGCACAUGAUAUGAAGAUGGAACCUCUGCAACCAGAGUUGCUUCAAUAUACCACAGAAAUGAACUAUGAACAUGACAAGUAUAUUCCUGUGGAGGUGAAGAGUGGAACUUUGGUCGUAUUACAUGGCUAUUUACUUCACAAGAGUUUCGAGAACACAAGUAGCAAGUCACGAGAGGCAUAUACCUUACAUAUCUUGGAUCAAGCGAAACCUUUUGCAAAAGGUCAAUGGAUUCAACCAAAGAGAGAACUGGUGAAUUAUUUUGAGAAACAAAAUGAGUAA